CCAAAGAAACCUCAUUGACCACUCAAAAUCAAGCUCUACUCUGCACUUCACCUCACACAACCCAAGCUCAAAAGUAAACCAAAUUCACCUCUCACUUUACUCUUCUUCGCCCCUACCUCUCUCUCUUUUCUCUCCACAGAAUCCAUGGUUUAUCUCUUGGUGACUUAAAUUUAUUACCUUUCUCUAUUUUACUCAAAACCCAUUCAUUGCAUCAACCCAAGAUCCACUCCUCCUCAACAUCACCAUCACCACACUUCCUCCUAUCUGUCUUCAGGUCUGUGCAUGUAUGUAGGACGGACUGUGCAUGAAAGCAAGUGCGAGAGAGAAGAUAUGAUGGAGGAUAGCAUCAAACGAUGAAGAAAGAUUUCUGGGCCUUUCUCAUUCGGCUCAAAGCUCCGAUCUUUACCAGAGUUUCAUGUCUUCGAGAUCCAAAGGUUUGGUGUUGAGAAAGUGGAAUUAUAUUAGGGAAAAUGAUGGUUGGUUAUGUGGGAGUUGAAAUAUAAUAUUAAGGGCUGUCUCACUGUCUGUGGUUUUGGAAGUUGGGAAAAGUACAUAUCUGAUGGUUGUUUGGGGGCUCUGAAAUCGUGAGGUUUAGUAUAGUUGCCUUGUGCUUGGUGAGGGGAUAGCGCCGUCCCGGUUCAGUAAUUGCCUGUCCACAUUUUGUUCACCUUCAAUGUCAAUUAAAUACAGUGGUACCUUAUCUCUGUAGUGUUAUUUAUUUCAAGAAACUGAGCUCAAAAAGAUUCAGAGACAUUUUCAUCAAUUUCAGAUAUAGUGUUUAUGGUUAGAAGGUUUGGGGUUUGAUUUCUGAAUAAGUGAACACUUUUUCUGGAAGUUUUGAUUUCUGUGUAAACGGAAGGGGGGUUGAGGUUUUGAGGAAACAAGAUGUCAAUUUCCUGCAAGGAUGGUAAGUCAGCCGUGGACGGCAAAUAUGUCCGCUACACACCUGAGCAGGUUGAAGCCCUUGAGAGGGUGUAUCAUGAGUGCCCCAAACCCAGUUCUAUGCGUCGUCAGCAGCUGAUUCGUGAAUGCCCUAUUCUCUCCAAUAUUGAGCCUAAGCAAAUCAAAGUUUGGUUUCAAAAUCGAAGAUGCAGGGAGAAACAGAGGAAAGAAGCCUCAAGGCUUCAAGCUGUGAAUAGGAAGCUGACAGCUAUGAACAAACUGUUAAUGGAGGAGAAUGAUAGAUUGCAGAAGCAAGUUUCUCAACUGGUGUAUGAAAAUAGCUAUUUCCGUAGGCAAACACAAAGUACGGGACUUGCUACGAAGGACACCAGUUGUGAAUCAGUGGUGACUAGUGGUCAACACCAGUUGACACCUCAGCAUCCUCCCAGGGAUGCUAGUCCUGCAGGGCUUUUGUCCAUUGCAGAAGAGACUUUAACAGAGUUUCUUUCAAAGGCCACUGGAACUGCUGUUGAGUGGGUCCAAAUGCCUGGAAUGAAGCCUGGUCCGGAUUCCAUUGGAAUCAUUGCUAUUUCUCAUGGUUGCACUGGCGUGGCAGCAAGAGCUUGUGGCUUAGUUGGUCUUGAGCCUUCAAGGGUUGCAGAAAUCCUCAAGGAUCGACCUUCUUGGUACCGAGACUGCCGAGCUGUUGAUGUUGUAAAUGUGCUGCCAACUGCCAAUGGUGGAACCAUUGAACUUCUAUACAUGCAGCUUUAUGCUCCAACUACUUUGGCACCUGCUCGUGACUUUUGGUUGUUGCGCUUUACUUCUGUCAUGGAAGAUGGAAGUCUUGUGGUAUGUGAAAGAUCACUCGGUAAUGUACAAAAUGGUCCAAGCAUGCCACCGGUGCAGAACUUUGUUAGAGCAGAAAUGCUGCCGAGUGGGUACUUGAUAAGACCCUGUGAUGGUGGGGGGUCAAUUAUCCAUAUUGUAGAUCAUAUGAACGUAGAGGCAUGGAGUGUGCCAGAAGUGUUGCGCCCGCUAUAUGAAUCCUCAGCGGUGCUUGCUCAGAAGACAACAAUGGCUGCUCUGCGCCAAUUGAGACAGAUAGCUCAAGAGGUUUCUCAGACUAAUGUUACCAACUGGGGAAGGCGACCUGCAGCUUUACGAGCACUGAGCCAUAGAUUGAGCAGGGGUUUUAACGAGGCUCUGAAUGGGUUUACUGAUGAGGGGUGGUCAUUGCUUGGUAACGAUGGCAUGGAUGAUGUCACUAUCCUUGUUAACUCUUCUCCCGACAAACUAAUGGGCUUAAACCUCAGCUACACAAAUGGAUUUACAUCUAUAAGCAACGCAGUCUUGUGUGCAAAAGCUUCAAUGCUUCUGCAGAAUGUGCCUCCUGCAGUACUUCUCAGAUUUCUUCGGGAGCAUAGGUCAGAAUGGGCAGACAAUAACAUUGAAGCUUAUUCAGCUGCAGCUGUUAAAGUGGGUCCUUGCAGCUUACCAGGGGCUCGUAUCUGUAACUUCGGGGGCCAAGUCACACUCCCACUGGCUCACACCAUCGAGCAUGAAGAGUUGCUGGAGGUUAUUAAAUUCGAAGGAAUUGGCCAUUCUCCUGAAGAUGCAAUGAUGCCAAGGGACAUGUUUCUGUUACAACUAUGCAGUGGAAUGGAUGAGAAUGCUGUUGGCACCUGUGCCGAGCUAAUAUUUGCUCCUAUCGAUGCAUCUUUUGCCGAUGAUGCACCUCUCCUUCCUUCCGGUUUUCGCAUCAUUCCCCUCGACUUUGGAAAGGAGUCUUCCAGCCCGAAUCGCACCCUCGAUCUCACUUCUGCUCUCGAGACUGGGACAGCCGAGAAUAAAGUGCUAAAUGACCUCAACACCAAUAACGGUGCUGCGAGAUCUGUGAUGACUAUUGCUUUUCAAUUUGCGUUUGAAAGUCACAUGCAGGAGAAUGUUGCCGCAAUGGCUCGUCAAUAUGUGCGAAGCAUUAUCUCUUCUGUUCAGAGGGUAGCAUUAGCGCUUUCUCCUUCUCACUUGGGCUCCCAUGGUGGACUGCGCCUUCCCUUGGGGACUCCUGAGGCACAUAUUAUUGCUCGCUGGAUUUGCCAAAGUUACAGGUGUUAUUUGGGCGUCGAGCUACUUAAAUCCACCGGUGAAGGAAACGAAUCAAUUCUGAAAACUCUAUGGAAUCACUCGGAUGCUAUUGUUUGCUGCUCCGCAAAGGCACUGCCAGUUUUCACGUUCGCAAACCAGGCUGGUCUCGACAUGCUUGAAACAACGUUGGUUGCACUUCAAGAUAUCACUUUGGAAAAGAUAUUUGAUGAUCACGGGAGAAAAAGUCUCUGUUCCGAGUUCCCACAGAUUAUGCAACAGGGAUUUGCUUGUCUCCAAGGCGGGAUAUGCAUGUCAAGCAUGGGCAGGCCAGUUUCGUACGAGAGAGCAGUGGCAUGGAAAGUUCUGAAUGAAGAAGAAAGCGCGCAUUGCAUCUGCUUUAUGUUCAUAAACUGGUCUUUCGUCUAAUAAGUUUGUUAGUGUUGUUACCCGGGGAUCGGAUCUAUCUGUACGAAUAUUACCCUGACUUAAGAACCUCUAAUGGCUUCGUCUUCCUCGUCUUUUGUGUAAGUUUGUAACCCAGGAAUCAUCAGGAUACAGGACAAGAACCUCUUGAACCACCUUUUGUUUGCUCUCUGAUCUGGUGCAUGCUUGAAUGUUAGUAUGAACUAUCUGUUUGAGAACCUUUGUUACAUGUUCUUUUGCUAGUAAUUGCUAUUGUUAUCCCCUA